UGUGAGUGGAAUCACCUUGCCUUGGAUAGUGAGGUGCGGAGUGCUCUCUUCGACGACGCAGCGCAAUCCCUUUUUCAGGAGGGAGGUGGGCGAAAAAAUGUUGCGACCAAGUCCCGGAACGAUGAGUCCCUGAAUCCGCACGCGCAAUUGCUGUCCUCGAUUGUCCUUGACGGUGCAGUGUAGGAUGCCCGUGGCCGUGCCUUUGAGUUGUCUUUCUCCGGCCACGUCCACGAUCUUUGGAGAGUUUCGCUGGGUGUAAUCGUGGAGGUUUCCGUCGGGGAUGAGGCGAUUGUCAAACAUGGUCUCCGAUGCUCCCGUGUCUACCAGCAGGCCUACCCCGGUGGAGCUCGCGGCGAAGUUGCGUCCUGAGAUGCGGGAACACGUGCCGAACAUGAAGCCGCUGUCAAAGGCGUCCUCGUCCCGGGUGAAGUCGACAACUGCCACUUCAUUGUUUGAGUCGUGCUUGUUGGACGCCGACGAGCAGUGAGUGCAGUUGGAGCACGCGGUGAAUGCUUUACUUGAGUCCUUGGUGUCUUCCGGGCGCUUUCCUCCUUGCUGGUAGCAUUCCUCGUCCGAGUGAGACGUGGUGUUGUGCUUGGAGCACCACUUGGUAGCUCCGGCGGGCUUCGUUUUCUUCUUCGCCCUGUUCUUGAUCUUGGGGCAGUUCCUCCUGAUGUGCCCCGGCUCGUAGCAGCUGUGGCAGAUGAUGUCAGACGCGGUCGUUGCCAUGGCAAAUCCUCGACCAGCUAUGCGUCCCUUCCAUCCCUUGCGCGAUUGUUCGUCCAAGAAGAUGUUGCGCAUGGUGGAUUGCAUGUCCAGGACGUUGAAGGUUGGGUCUCUGAACACCAUCAGUUUGACGUCCUUGUAUUCGUCGGAGAAGCCCUGUACGCAGAUGUCCUUGAAGCGGCGGUCGGAGAUGGGUUCUCCCAUCUUAUCCAGCUGGGUGCGAAGUAGGUGCUUCUGGUUGAAGUAGUCGUCGGGAUUUUCACCAGGGUUCAUGGGGUUGUUCUCCAGCUCCUCCAUCUUCGCCCUGAUGACCUCGUCCGUUACCCUGUCAUAGUUGUUGCAGAGCUCCUCGAAGGCAGCUUGUCCGUCGCCGCUGAUGCCAGUGUCGUCUUCGUGCUUCUGUAUCGACAAGGCGGCUGGAAGUUCCACUAGGAGGAAAAGAAUGGCGUAGAGAUCUUCGUUUGCCCUUGUGUAAGAGUCGAAGGCCGCUGUGUCUGCGGGAUCUGGCUUCCUUUGUUUCUUCAGCAGUGGCAGGAUGUCCUUCCUGGUCACACCUAACACCACGCAGAAUUUCUUCAUCCAUGUCUUGAACUCAGCUGGGUCCUUUCCGUCGAAUUUCUUGAGGCCUUUGAUCACGGUUGCCAGGUUCGUAGAACUAUCGCUGGCGAACGCGCUUCCACCUCCUGUGUUGCUCGUUGCAGUAUCCAUUGCUCGUUCCAGCUUUAUUUUCUUCGUCUUGAUAAAAGUACUUCCUGCUGUAGGAGUAAGUUUGCUCGUGGUACUACUGCCUGUACCCGAGACUUCCCCACCCCGUUCCUGCUACUGAUAUAGAGGACUCCGGUUGUUGAUCGCCUCCACUGAUGAUACAGUGUAGUUCCUUGUACACCCGAUGCGUAUGCCGCUCGAGACUCCCGCGCACGUGACCGUUGCUGCUAGUUCACCACAGAGAUACCCACUACUGCCGCAGGGGUGGUAACGUGUGUAUACGACGUGAACCCUCGGCACCUUGGUGUAGAUGACCAAGUUUGCGCGUUUGCUGGUGUUGCCGUUGACCGAUGACGGCGUCGCAAUCUCCAGAAAUCUCCGAAACCAGGUUCUCUCGUUGUCCACGGAUGAAGGUUGAUGUCCCGAGAAGAGGUUGCCUUGAUCUUCCCGUGAUGUUCGCAGCUCGUAGUGUGUGCGUUAGCCGAAGCUCAUAACCUGUCAGAGUAUGUUUCGCUGUGCACUAGCAGCAGUACGCUGCUGCAGAUGCCAGGAGGCUGUGUAGCCUACCUCAGAGGUUCACACUCUGUGUGUCUCCAACCGCGAGAGACUUGGAAUGAAAUAUGAAGAUGCUUUUACAGGGAUUACAACCCUGGGGGAAAACCAGUGUCAGACAGCCUAACAGCUGUUCGGACCCUGGUUGUACUGUUGUUAGAUGUACAACAUAUACAAAGAGGGGAAGCGGGUCUACCACCCGGAAAAACAAUGUUCAAGGGAAUCUACACCAACAACCCUUACACGCUCGUCAGGUUCCACUUGCCGGAGAAUACGGGCUCCACCGACAAGUGGGUCGACUACACGCUCGUGGUUAGCCAGUACGAGAAGAGGAGAGAAGUCAGGCUAACCCUCAUGGCGUACGUGUUUUUCUCUUUUUAUUUCUUUCUCGUUUCGUGAAAGGCAAACCGGGUUAACAGUUGUGCUCUCGUGCGUAUAUAUGUUUAUCUCCAGACCCUGUAUGCCUGCCUUCGUUUUAUCUGCCUGUCUGGCUGGCGUUCUCUCUCUCUCUCUCUCUCUCCCUCGGUGUUUGUGUCUGGCCCUACGUAUGUUUUUCUCUUGUUUCUCUCUUCUCUCUUCUCUUGUCAUUUCCUCGUCCAGGGCACAUGGGAUCAAAACAGUGAGGGGGGAGCACUGGGGACACCGUUUUUCUACACCGGUCGCCCCGGUGGUCUAGUGGGUAGCCUCGCAGCCUGCUAAGGGCCAGGUCAUGGGUUCGAGUCCCGGCAGAGAGAGUUUUUUUCUCACUAAAUAAAUCCUGGUCUAGGAUGAAAGCGACGCGCUGCAAAGCUCGUUUGUGAGUAAACCAUAAUCGACUCCGCAAGUCGCGAGGGAAGGGAUUGCUGUACCCUUCUCGCGAUAAAAAUACCUCAGGCAUGAACCGCAGGAGGGGGUCCAAUCCCCCCCUCCUAUGUGACCCCGGUUGGGUCGUCUAGCUAGUAGAAGUGGAGGAUAGGGGCCAGAGGGGCAGACGACAGAGUCCAAUGAUGGGAGAAAAACAAACAAACAGUACGCGCUGGUGCUAACACAGCCCGAGACCAAGAUCCAUAUCGAAGUCAGGGCACCCAAAGAUGUGAGAAAAACAAUACUUGUAUCGACUUCACGUUAGUCGGCCGUUUUUUGUGUACCCUCUGGUAGACAGGGAAUAUUUUUCCUGAACACGGAUCGCAGUGCGACGCCAUCGUGAAUGUGUGUAGGUGCAAAUGCGUACAACGUUUUACUUUGCAUGAACGAGUUUUUUCUUUGU